GUGGAUCACUGAGAAAUGGGCUCCACUUGUCAGAAUUGAAAACCCAAGCUGAGUGAGGGUCCUACUCUUCUUCCGAGUGAUGCUCAUUGACUCAGCCAAGAAAAGAUACUCGGGGAUUCAGUGCGUUUAAAGGCAAAGCAAUGGACAACUUCGCAUCAGUUAAGUAUCCAUGAGUUAGAAUAUUUGAUAAAAGAUUUGGUCACUCGGAUUUCUUAAAUAAUAUAAUAGUGCGCCAUGUCGGGUGCGAAUUUUUAGUGCUUUUAUCACUGUAUAAAUUUCAGUGGGGCCCAAUUAAGCCCAACCAUAAUUAAUAAAGACCGUUAGAUAAGAGGAACCUAUAUCACAGGAAAUAUAUAUCAACGGUUGGAUAUUCGCAUCCAUGUGAAAACGGGCAAGGAACGUGGACGGUAGAAGUGAUCGUUCGAUCAGGAUGCGAUCCCGAUGAGUCCCAUCCGACGAGUACACCAUAAUCAUGCAUGGGCCCCACUUGGGCCAACUUGAAUUUAUGUACAGCUGGAUCAAAGAGCAUAUAAUAUUGUGGAAAAAAAGCUACAACUACCCUUUACUCUUCCUUCUCUAUGUAUAUAAAUCUCUCUCCCAUCACACCCAACUCCAUCAAAUUCCAUCUACUUCAGCAUGUUGUCUUCCAGCUCUUCCUUGUUUGGCUCUUUUCUAGGCAACUUAUACUCAAGGAGAUUGCUACUACACAAUCCUUUGUACCAUCCACCUCCCACAGUAGCAGCUGCACCUAUCGCGGCAGCCAACCACGAUUCAUCCCAGACCCUCAUGGGUGAGAGUACCUUCGAUGCCAACGUCGUCAUGAUCCUUUCCAUCCUCCUUUGUGCGGUAAUUUGCGCUCUGGGCCUCAACUCAAUCAUCAGGUGUGCGCUAAGGUGCUCAAACCGAGUGGUCUUCCAGUCUAGGGACCGGACCACAGCAGCCCGCCUAGCCAACAAGGGUGUCGAUAGGAAAGCUCUCAAGACCUUCCCAACGCUAGCCUACUCGACGAGCUUGAAGCUGCCCGAGUGCACCAUCUGCCUAACGGACUUCCUUGACGGUGAGCAGGUGCGGGUCUUGCCAAAGUGCAAACAUGGGUUCCAUCUCAACUGCAUCGACAAAUGGCUUGCGUCGCAUUCGUCAUGUCCCAAUUGCAGGCAAUGUUUAGUAGACACAUGUCGGAAGAUCGUUGGCUGUAAUGAGGCCCCGGCGCCAUUGGAGCCGUCAGAUGCAUUGCAUUCAGUCAUUGUACCGUUGGAACCUGAAGGUUUGAUAAUUGGUUAUCGAAGUGUUUGUUAAUUGUAUUAAUUGUGUAUUCAUGUUGUGCAAACAAGUGUGUUAGUAUAUAGAAUUAAGACCCAAUCCGUUUCUGAACAUGUAGUUUUUUAGGUUUGGUAUGUCCACAUGUGUGUAGAAUCCUAGCCGUUUAUGUAAGCACAAGUGACAAUACGGCACACAUGUGCAAGUGCCACAUUGAUUAGACUUAUGGCCCAAAUAUCAGGCAAUUUCACUACCUGCAUGGUGGGUCACAACAGAAAAAACAAAUGGACAGCUAAUGCAGUUUCUUUUUUUCUUUUUCUUUUGUCAUCUUGUGGAUCAUUUGAUGACUUAAACGGCCUGGAUUUUAGGCCAGAAGAUGUAGAUAUUGUAGCCCACCUAAUGGAAAGCUCAG